AUGUAUAGGGGUACUGGAGCAUCUCCUCCGCGGAGCAGAGGCUCUCCAGACAAGCCACGUCCCGUCAAGAUGCCGCGACCACAACCUCUCGCUGGUGCAUGCACACACCUCACCGUGACGCGAUACUAUACCACCCAUUAUCGGUGUUGUAUAUGUACAAGACUUGGCUCAUUCGGUUGGCUUUACAGAUGUACGCAAGAUCGGGAGUUGAUGCUUGAAGAAAACAACAAGAGAUUGGUGGGCUCAGGUACUCUAUUUUGAUGGUCAUUCACUAACGACAAUCUAGGGCUCAACAGAUGAAGGAAUCAGCGCGAUGCUUGGAAGAUCUGAGAUUCCACUCAGAAGUCCAGCAGCCAGACAUGACAAGUUAGCCUUCCUGUCUGAAUUGACGCCUGAGCCAUUUGCCUCUUAUUCUGAGGAGCAAGUCAAUAAAAUCCUUGAUCAAAGAGCUCACGUAGGAACCCCAUCUACAACUCCAAAUCUCACCAACUAACCCUAACCCAGAUCCUCGAAGUCGCCUUCGCCCAAAGCCAACCCAUCACCCCCGAAAUCAUCGUCACUCCCCCCAGUCCACCCAACCAACCCGGCUCAUCCAGAGACCCUCCAACCAGAGCCCUAACCCCACCACCCAACUACCCCGACAAACCAUGGCUCAACAUGACCGGAGGAGAAUGCCAAUUCAAAUGCUGCCACCGGUGCCGUUCAGGUCUCUACGAACGCUCAUACCUCUCCCUCGACGGCAUCGCAAAGAACGACAUCCCCAUGACAGCACUGACUGGCUUCGGCUUCCACACACGCGAACACAUGCCCUACUCACACCCCGAACAUGUCAAGAACCUCGGUUUGCGUCCAAAUCCGGUUCCUAGAGCGAGUGUACCACCAAUGAUCCCAAGAAGAGCAUAUACACUCGUGAGUUCUCUCUUUCGACGACUGGUAUAUCUUCCCUCCCCCUUUCCCUAUAAACAAAUACAACAAAGAACAAGAACACUAACACCAAACCCCACAGAUCCAAGACUCCGACUCCGACUCCGACGUAGAAAUGACCGACGCACCCCCCCUCAACCCAACCCUCCCACGUACCCCCCGCCCAAAGUCCUGGACCAUAACCAACAACCCCUCCUCCCGAUCAAGCACCGACUUCGCAACCGAAGGCCGCAAGAUCCUCACCGACUUCCUCAAUAAACUAACCGCCGAACCCUCGCCCAGCUCCUCCGACCACUCUUUAGCCACGCUCCAAAAAUACACCAAUAAACCCCUUCCUACCCUCCCUACCGUUCCUGCAAAUCAAACUUUGAAGUCCAAUACCCUUCAAAACACAGCAACCCCUCACCCAGGUCCGCUUACCUCCAACCCACCACCACACAUCAUCCGUCCCAAGCCGCGCCGUUCGAACCUCAGCCUUGCUGUUGCGAUUAGUACACCCCUGCCUGUCGACGAAGACGAAGACGAGGAUUUCAAACCAUUAACACUAAUGGAAAAGCAGGAGGCCCAUGAAGGCGCAGGCGUGUUUUCAAGCAAACCCCUGGAAGUCGGUGAUGGCGUAGCAUUCAUGGAGGAGGGUCUCGAGGGCCAUUUUGCGGAUUUGAUGGAUAUUGAGGUUGAGGGAAGUGGGAAGGAGAAGGGAAUUGAUGGGGAGACGUUGAAUGGGGAGGAGAUGGAUGUUAAGGAGGAUGGUGAGGUGAGAGAAGGAGAGAGUGUUGGAAGUGGAAGUGGAAGUGGGGGAUUGGAGAGUAUCAUGACGCAAGUUUGA